AUGAUGAAACUAAUCGAAAUUGUGGAAUUGUUUGAAUAAUCAUAAAAAGAAGAAAUCAAUUAAGAAUUUGUAUACCUCAUAUCUCUAAGUUGGAUGAGAAAAUUUAUAGAUUCUGUCAAGUUGGAUGGCAAAGAAAAUCUCCCCAUGAAACCUAUAAAUCAUGAUAUUGUUGAUGAAACAAAAGCUAACAUUCUUUAUUUACAACUCAUUUUUAAAAGAUAAUCUAAGAUUUAAUGUCGAUUACAUUUACGUCAACGAAUAAAUAUGGUCAUAAUUGAAUGUAAACUUGUUAUUUAUUAUAAGACACUUUAUGGAGGUUACUGUAUCAAAAGAUAAAUUAGAAAUUAAAAUUAAAUCAAUGAAAUGAUACAUUUUCACUUUAUUCCCGUUCAUCAAUCUCAAAAAUAUUACAUUGAAGGAAUUUAAUAAUUUGAUUCCUCUUGGAAUAUUUAGUUGGUAAUUUAACAUCUAGAAACUGCAUUAUAAAAUUAAUUAUCAUUCUAAAUCCCAAAAAGAAAUUUCAUAUAAUUGUAUACUCUCAAGAAUGAAAAAUAAACUAAUUUUGUUUAAAUUGUUUAAGAGCUCAAAGAAAAAACACUUGAAGUGGAAAAAAUAGAAGACAUAAUUUAGAUGAAAGAUAAAAAAUAUAUCCUUAUGGAUAUUAAAUUGUUCAAUAACGAAUUCUUCUUCUAGUUCAAUUCAUAAAUAAUUGAUGCUAAAAGUGAAGAAUUUAUAAAUUAAGAAUAUCUUGAAAGCUGCAGAAAAGGAUUAUCUGUAUUCGAGGAUCAAUAAACUUUGUUAAGUUGCAUGCUUAAAUGCUAUGAAAAUAUAGAUGCUAUCAGGAAUUAAAUCCUAUAAAAUUAGAACUAGAAAUAUAAGAAUUUAAAAGAAAUAUUAACAGAAUCAUAUUUUGGAUUUAGUGAAUAUGUAUAUUAUGAAUUACUUGACUACGAGUUCUUUUAAGAGAAACAAGUGUUGAUCACAAAAUCCAGAUAUGAUGCUGUGUACAUUUACAACAAUGAAAACAGAAUCAUUGUAAAUAACUAGAAGAAUAUAAGACAAUUGGUUGAGUCUCUAUUGGGUCAUCCUUAAUUGCAAUGUGACUUUAAUUCAGUUUUGUUUGAGAGCAGCAAUGAAUAUUAUACUGAAGAUAUAGACUUUACAAAGCCUGCAUAUGGUUUAAAGGAGGGUUAUAAGUAUUAAUUGAGAAAGUUGAUGUGGCAAGAACAUAAUAUUAAUAACUAAGAUAGGAUAGAAAUUAGAGUUCAUCAAUGCACAUAUGAAAACAUUGGUUAUCAACAAUAUAAGCCCUUUGCCCCCAUAGUAAAAUGUUAUAUAAGUUAAUGGCAUAAAUUCUAAGAUUUGCAUCUACUAAUCGCUAACUUAUUCGAAGAAAUUAAUCAUGAGAAUUACAAAGAAUCUAGAUUGAAUAAGAAAUAUAAACUAUAUUUCUAAACAGACUAACAAGGAUAAAAACAAUGUACUUAUUGUUAGCAAAAACUAUGUAAUAAUUGCUAAGUGCCAUUUAAUGAAAAAGCUUUGAAUUUGGGUACAAGAGUGAUUAACAUAUAUGUAAUAUAUGAAGAAAUACAACCUAUCGUUACGCGUUAUUAGCCAUAAAUAUUUGAUAAUUAUUUUCUUAGAGACUAUUUUGAAGUGGAUUGGGCUCAAGAUAAGAUCCUCAUUUUGAAUAUAAAUUAAGAUCAAAUAAAACCUUAUAAUCUGAAAUAUUAUUUUGAUUCACGUAUGCACUUAUUAAAUAUUUCAGAUCUUUAUUAGUUAUAAGGGAUCAUAGAGAAAGUAUCACAAAAUGAAUAUUAAUGUUAUUGUCAGAAAUAGCAAUAAUGGUAUCAAUUCAAGCAGAAUAAAUUCGAGAUAGUCAAUCAUCUGAAUGAUGAUUUGAAUGUAGUUAAAUUGUUUUAUAUAAGAAAAUGA